AUGGAGCAACAACAUCCACAGCAACCGCAAUCGCAAUCGCAACACCCACACCCCCAGCAACAUUAUCACCAUACCCAUCAUCAAGAUCAUGGUGGUGCUGGUUCACAGAAAGAGUCAAAUAGGAUUGGGAAGUACCAGAUAGUCAAAACACUAGGUGAAGGUUCUUUUGGUAAAGUCAAGCUUGCAUAUCAUACAACAACUGGACAGAGAGUUGCAUUGAAAAUAAUUAACCGGAAGACUCUUGCCAAAUCGGAUAUGCAAGGAAGAAUUGAACGUGAGAUUUCCUACUUAAGAUUACUAAACCAUCCACAUAUCAUCAAGUUAUACGAUGUUAUCAAAUCCAAGGAGGAAAUCAUUAUGGUCAUUGAAUAUGCAGGGAAAGAAUUGUUUGAGUACAUUGUUCAAAAUGGACGUAUGAAAGAUCAGCAAGCAAGAAGAUUCUUUCAACAAAUAAUCGCCGCUAUUGAUUAUUGUCAUAGUCAUAAGAUUGUCCACCGAGACUUAAAGCCUGAAAAUUUACUUCUCGAUGACCAACUAAAUAUCAAAAUUGCAGAUUUCGGCUUGUCCAAUAUUAUGAGUGAUGGUAAUUUCUUGAAAACCAGUUGUGGUUCACCAAACUAUGCUGCACCUGAAGUGAUUUCUGGUAAAUUAUAUGCGGGUCCGGAAGUGGAUGUAUGGUCCUGUGGGGUGAUUUUAUAUGUGAUGUUAUGUGGUAGAUUGCCAUUUGAUGAUGAAUCUAUUCCGGCAUUAUUUAAAAAAAUCAGUAAUGGUGUUUACACAUUACCCCACGACCUAUCUUCCGGGGCUAAGAAUUUACUGACUAGGAUGUUGGUGGUCAAUCCAUUGAACAGAAUUACAAUUCAUGAGAUUAUGGAGGAUGAAUGGUUUAGCGUUGACCUCCCUGACUACUUGAAACAUUCUGCGAUGGUCGAAGACAGAGUUUUAACGACCGACGAUAUAGACGAGGAUGUCAUUUUUGCACUUUCCUCUACGAUGGGUUACAGCAGAGACGAAAUCAUUGAAGCUAUCAAAAUAGGUAAGGUUCCCGAAACUGAGGAAAUUUUGGAUAGUUAUGAGUUAAUGCGUAAAAAUACAGGACUUGUCAGGACAAUGAAAAACGAACGCUUAGAAAAGGAAACAGCGGGAUUCCGGGUGGGGGACUCCUACACCCAGCCCCUGGACCAAUUUUCAUCACAACAAUCCGGUAUUUCACAACAGUUUGCGUCUGAUCCAAGGUAUACUCGUAAUCAAUCGGAGGAAUGGCGACUAGCUGCUGGAGUUGAGCAACAGCCAUCCAUCAAUAAUGCACCUAACUCAACGAUAGCAAUUUUGCCUUCUUCUUUACCCCAGAUUCAUAAGGCUUAUAUGUUGCAAUCAUAUCCAGAGCUUGCCAAUGUUCAACCUGUCACACCAAAAAAAUCGAAAACAAGAUGGCAUUUCGGUAUCAGAUCUCGAUCAUACCCUCUUGACGUUAUGGGUGAAAUAUACCGUGCUUUAAAGAAUUUAGGGGCAGAAUGGCAACGCCCAAGUGAAGAAGAGCUAUGGACAAUCAAGGUGAGAUGGAGAUAUGCCCCAAAUGAGGAGGGUUCCACCAUCCAAGACCCUAGUGUUCCUGAUAUGAUGAAGAUGCAGAUCCAGUUAUUCCAGCUCGAACCCAAUAACUAUCUUGUAGAUUUUAAGUUUGACGGAUGGGAAAGCAAGAAUGGAUCUACAUCAUCAGGCUCUGAAAAUAGCCAGGAUGACGAGCUUGUAUCGUCAUUUUCUGCAUAUCCAUUUCUUCACCUUUCGACCAGAUUGAUUAUGGAGCUAGCAGUUAAUAGUCAAGGAUAG